CCAGAGCCGCGGCCGCACACGGACGGAGCGGCCGUGCCCGCCGGACACAGCGCCCGAGCAGCCCCGGGGGCUGCGCCGCCUCCGCCACACGCGCUCCCGGAGGGUGCGGGACCGUCGCGGGGGCCACGAUGCCUUCGCCACCGCUUCUGCUGCUGCUGCUGCUGCUGCUGCCGCCGGCCCCGGGGGCUGAAGGGGUGCGAGGCACGGCUGGGAGCGGCGGCACCCCGGAGCUGCGGGUGCCGGGGGAGCGGCAGCGCCGGGGCACGGAGGAGGACUCCAAGUCGGUGCAGCAGUACGUGCCGGGGGUGCGGGUGGAGUUCCCGCGGCCCCUCAACUCCGGCAGCCUGCACCCCACCAGGGCCCUGCUGCCGUCCAGCACCGACCCGGCCGAGCGGCAGCCGGGGGUGCCCACGGACAGGGGCGGGACGGAGCCCCGGGCCAACCUCACCACGGUGUCCGACAAGCGGCUGCAGAUCCAGAACCCGCUGUACCCGGUGACCGAGAGGUCCUACAGCGCCUACGCCGUCAUGUUCCUGUCCCUCAUCGUGUUCACGGUGGGGAUCAUCGGCAACCUGUCGGUCAUGUGCAUCGUGUGGCACAACUACUACAUGAAGAGCGCCUGGAACUCCAUCCUGGCCAGCCUGGCUUUCUGGGACUUCCUCAUCCUCUUCUUUUGCCUGCCCGUGGUCAUCUUCAACGAGAUCACCAAGAAGAGGCUGCUGGGRGACAUGUCCUGUCGCAUUGUGCCCUUCAUGGAGGUAUCGUCGCUGGGAGUGACCACCUUCAGUCUGUGCGCCUUGGGCAUCGACAGGUUCCACGCGGCCACCAGCCCCCAGGCCAGCACGCGGCCCAUCGAGCAGUGCCAGUCCAUCAUUGCCAAGCUGGCUGUCAUCUGGGUGGGCUCCAUGACACUGUCGGUGCCCGAGGUCCUGCUCUGGCAGCUGGCGCGGGACGCGUCGCCCGUGUCCGGUGUGCCCGCCGAGUACUGCACCAUGAAGCCCUUGUCCAGCCUGCCCGAGUCCAUCUAYUCGCUGGUGCUCACCUACCAGAACGCUCGCAUGUGGUGGUACUUUGGCUGCUACUUCUGCCUGCCCAUCCUGUUCACCGUCAGCUGCCAGCUGGUGACCCGGCGCAUCCGCAGCACCGACAAGAAGAGCGAGUGCCGCACCACCAAGCACGGCCAGUGCGAGGGUCACCUGAACUGCACCAUCAUCGCGCUGACCAUCAUCUACGGGCUCUGCACCACCCCCGAGAACGUCUGCAACAUCGUGGUGGCCUACAUGUCCCCCGACAUGUCCAAGCAGACCUUGGAUCUGCUCAACCUCAUCAACCAGUUCUUCCUGUUCUUCAAGUGCUCGGUGACGCCCGUCCUGCUCCUGUGCCUCUGCCGUCCCCUGGGCCAGGCCUUCAUGGACUGCUGCUGCUGCUGCUGCGAGGGCUGYGGCCCCGACGGCACCUCCAGCGAGGGCAGCGCCGACAGCAAGCUCAAAACCGAGAUGUCCUCCUCCAUCUUCUUCGACAAGCCCCGGGAGACUCCCCCACCCCUGCUAGGGCUCGGCACGCCGUGCUAAGUACCACCGGGGAGCUGUAGAGAUCGUUCCACCACCUCCUCCCAAGACCAAACGUCGUUUUGCUGUUAGUACUCGUGUCUGGAUGUGGAACAAGCAGAAGAGAUGGCUCAGGGGGCUGCACCGUGGGCUUCAAACCCGGCAUCGGGCAGGUGGGGCUUGGAAACCCGGUCCCCUGGCUACACUGGUGACCCUGUUGCCUCUGCCCAAAGGCCAGCGAGGAUGGCAGCACCCCCCGUCCCCGCUGCCCGGCCGGGCUCCGUGGGGUCGCUGCUSUGGAGAUGGCAUUGUGCUGGGAAGGUCUUACCUGAACCCACGGAGGCUUGCAGAGGCCACAGCAAACACAAACUGCCCUMGUCCUGUCCCCUCCCCUCCUGCCAGCCCCUCYACAAUAGGACAAGGUCCAACUGGCYGUAUCCCAYGGAUUCAAGCCGUGCCCUGUGUAAGCUCAAUAAACCAGUAACCUAGAGCACRUCGUGCUUGCUGGGCUGAGCCCUCGGAGCCCCUUGGAUGGCUCUUCCCU